CGAAACGCGGAGAGAGAGAGAAGCGCGGAGGGAGAGGAGGAAGGAGGAUGAUGGGAGCGAAUAUUAUUCCCUUUUGAGUGACCCAUAUCUGCCAGGAGGAAACCCAGAUAUUAUCUAGGCCUAUAUAGUUCUUGUUCUCGAGGAUUUUUCUACGCCAAAUAUGUCGGCGUCGGCGAUAUUUAUCCUCGACCUGAAGGGAAAGGUGCUAAUCUGCCGUAACUACAUGGGGAACAUGGACAUGAAUGAGAUCGACCACUUUAUGCCGAUCCUGAUGAAGAGAGAAGAGGAGGCAGAGAUGACGCCUCUGGUCACGCAUGGAUCCGCACACUUUCUGUGGAUCAAACACAGCAACCUCUACUUGGUGGCCAUGACCAAGAAGAAUGCCAACGCUGCUCUGGUGUACUCCUUUCUUUAUAAAAUAGUACAGGUAUUCAAGGAGUACUUCAAGGAGCUGGAGGAGGAGAGUAUCCGGGACAACUUUGUGACUGUGUACGAGCUGAUGGACGAAGUGAUGGACUUUGGCUUCCCUCAGACAACCGACAGCAAAAUCCUUAAAGAAUACAUCACCCAGCAGGGUCAUAAAUUAGAAGUCGGGGCACCUCGACCUCCUGCCACCGUCACCAAUGCCGUGUCCUGGCGAUCGGAGGGCAUCAAGUACAGGAAGAACGAAGUUUUCAUGGACGUCAUUGAGUCAGUUAAUCUGCUGGUGAGUGCAAAUGGCAGCGUCCUGCGGAGUGAGAUAGUCGGCACCAUCAAGCUCAAAGUGGUCCUGUCGGGGAUGCCUGAACUCAGACUGGGCCUCAAUGACAAAGUGCUGUUUGAGAUCACAGGCAGAGAGAAGAGUAAGACGGUGGAGCUGGAGGAUGUGAAGUUUCAUCAGUGUGUCCGUCUGUCACGCUUUGAGAACGACCGCACCAUCUCUUUCAUCCCCCCUGAUGGCGAGAGCGAGCUGAUGUCCUACCGCCUCAACACCACGGUGAAGCCGCUCAUAUGGAUCGAGAGCGUGAUUGAGAAGUACUCUCACAGCCGUGUGGAGAUCAAGGUGAAGGCUAAAAGUCAGUUUAAAAACCGCUCCACCGCCAACAACGUGUCCAUCCUUGUUCCAGUGCCCAGUGACGCAGACUCACCCAAGUUCAAGACGAGCACGGGCAGCACAAAGUGGGUGCCAGAGAAGAAUGUGGUGCAGUGGAACAUCAAGUCUUUCCCUGGUGGGAAGGAGUACAUGAUGCGGGCUCACUUCAGUUUACCCAGUGUGGAUGGUGAAGAGUUGGAGGCAAAGAGACCAAUCACUGUGAACUUUGAGAUCCCAUAUUUCACUGUGUCUGGGAUUCAGGUGCGUUACCUGAAGAUCAUAGAGAAGAGCGGUUACCAGGCAUUACCAUGGGUGCGCUACAUCACACAAAGUGGAGAUUACCAGCUCCGGACAAACUAAAGGGCACAGAUGCUGCUAGACGAAUGGAUAUUUUCUCUCUCUCUCUCUGGGUCUGUCUUCCUCUCCUCUCCUCUCUUCUCCUCUUCCUCUCCUCUCCUCUCCUCUUCCUCUCCUCUCCUCUCCUCUCCUCUUCCUCUCCUCUCUUCUGCUUCUCCGGCUGCAGUGGACAGCAGAGGACAAGUGCAGGAGGACACCUUACCUUCUUUUUUGUUUUCCAGUCACACAAACAAAAACAAGACAUUUUCCUUUCCUAUAAGAUGUUUUCAACUCAGACUGAAGAGACUGUUGCACCACUUGUGACCUGACCUGUGAUUUUUUUUUUUUUCCUCUCGAGGCUUCCUCAGGACUCCGACUAAACAUUUUAAUGUGUGAAUUAUUAACUGAUGACACGGGGGGGGGG